AUCCCUCUACUCUCUCCGUCGCUGUUCUUUUCUUCAUCCCGCCGUCUAAUUAUCCGAUUUCACCGUCUCCUGUCUCUGCCAUCGACUGUGUUUCAGAGAAAUCGUGGAUGGAUCCGCAGACGCAGAAUACUUCUUUGCAGCGACUCCAGAAUGUGGAGAGGAGAGUGGUAAGGGUAUUGGAUAUAGCUGGAGGUGUGAUGGAAGAACUGUCGAGCCCUUCUGGCCCCAGGAAAGAUUUCGUCAACAGCCAUUGCCGAGAGUUCAUGCAAUCCAUCAAGGAUAUUCAAGUGACACUAAGGGAAGAGAUCAAAAGCGCGUGCGAGUACCGUCCCUUUGAGAAAAGCGACUACAAUGCAAGGAUAGCUAAUGAGAUCUGCUUCCAGAAGCUUGAAUAUGUUCUCUCUCAGCUUCAUGACCUCGAAAUAACCCUUGAUCACUAUCCUUCUUCCGCUUGAACUUGUUAUCAAACUUUCUCUUUUUUUUUUUGCAGAGGCUUUCUCGAGGUUCCUCAAAAUUUCCUCUUUAUGUUGUUGUUAAUUAAUACUAGUAUUCAUAAUAGGUGGAGGAAUGAAUGAUGCAAAACCAUCCAUUAUGAUUGUAGUUUCUAGAACAAAUACAAUUUAUCCUACUUAAAGUAGGUCCUGCC